CAGGAUGUAAGAGACACGUUAACAAUUUUACUAUUAAACACUAAAACAGUUCUUUAUAGUGGCGUAAACAGAUACAAUAAUGGAUUAACAUGGCAGAAAUGUGACACAGCUCAUUUUAUACGCCUCACCAAUCGUUAUUUCAUAAGGUUCUGCUCGUAGUUUGGUGUGGGGCUUGGUUGCUAGGAGACCAACGGAAUGGGAGAAGGACACAUAAUUAAAAUGUUAUACAUUUAAAUUAGAAAAAAAAAAAAAAAAAAAAAAAACAUUUAACCAGGAAAUGUAUUUCAAAUGAUUUAGCGGCUUAUAUAUAACAGCAAUGUAGCACAAAGGCGUUCCGUGGUAAAAUUGUGUGUUGAGUGGUCUGUCCCAAUGACCUCUGACCCCGCUUUCCAGGCGAGCAGUAUCCGCCUCCGAAUUGACUGAAGAGCCAGCAUAGCAUACAAUCCGCUGUCAUAUUCCCGAUAUUGCUAUGCUUUUACCACACAGUAUCCGAUUGGUAUAGAUCUGCCCAAGACAAGCGCUUAGUUUAGUCAUUUACACGCACGACGAUCGACAACGGCAGUGUCCGGUUUUAGUGUUGUUUGUUUUCAGGCGAAGAUGAAAGCGCUGAUUCUGGUUGGUGGAUAUGGUACGAGGCUCCGCCCUCUGACCCUCAGUGUUCCCAAGCCAUUGGUAGAGUUCUGCAACAAACCAAUCCUGCUGCAUCAAGUGGAAGCUUUAGUAAAGGCAGGGGUGGACCAUGUGAUCCUGGCAGUGAGCUACAUGUCAGACCUGCUGGAGAAAGAGAUGAAGGCCCAGGAACAAAUUCUCGGGAUUAAAAUCUCCCUCUCGCAUGAAAAGGAGCCUCUGGGGACAGCCGGUCCCCUAGCCCUGGCGCGAGAGCUCCUCACUGAUAACUCUGACCCCUUCUUCGUGCUGAACAGCGAUGUGAUCUGUGACUUCCCCUUCGAGGACAUGGUGAAGUUCCACCAGCACCACGGCAAGCAGGGCACCAUCGUGGUGACGAAGGUGGAGGAGCCCUCGAAGUACGGGGUGGUGGUGUACGAGGGGGAGAGCGGUCGGAUACACCGCUUCGUGGAGAAGCCCCAGGUCUUCGUCUCCAAUAAAAUCAAUGCUGGCAUGUACAUCUUCAGCCCCUCCGUGCUGCACAGAAUCCAGCUGCGGCCCACGUCUAUAGAGAAGGAGAUCUUCCCAGUCAUGGCCCAGGAGGGACACCUCUAUGCCAUGGAGUUGCAGGGGUUCUGGAUGGACAUUGGGCAGCCCAAGGACUUCCUGACGGGGAUGUGCAUGUACCUGCAGAGCGAGCGCCAGCGGAGCCCCGAGAGACUGCGCACGGGGCCCGGCUUCCUCGGGAAUGUCCUGGUGGACCCCACAGCUCGGAUUGGACAGAACUGCACGCUGGGCCCCAACGUGACGAUCGGGGCGGGGGUGGUGCUGGAGGACGGCGUGCGGAUCAAGCGCUGCACGGUGCUCAAGGGGGCCCGUGUGCGCUCACACUCCUGGCUCGAGUCCUGCAUCAUCGGCUGGAGCUGCUCCGUGGGCCAGUGGGUGCGCAUGGAGAAUGUCACGGUGCUGGGGGAGGAUGUGAUUGUUAAUGACGAGCUCUACCUGAACGGAGCCAAUGUGCUGCCACACAAAUCCAUCGCAGAGUCUGUGCCUGAGCCACGCAUCAUCAUGUAGAGAGAGAGAGAGAGAGAGUGAGAGUGUGUGCCAGUGUAGGGUGUAUAACUGAGAGAGAGAUCCUUCAUCUGCAAACAACUUUCUACAAAAGCACAAGUGCAGUCCCCUCCACUUCCACCCUACAGGGAUGUUAAUCAAUGUUAUUAAUAAGAUUAAAUUGUAAUGGGAGUCAAUGGAAGGUGAUAGAUCGGCUAGGAGAGUGUGUGUGAGAGAGAGAAAGCGUAACAGAGAGAGUGUUUGGGUGGGAGUCAUUUUUCUCUUUUUGAGGUUUAAUCAGUAUUGGGAAUCUACAUUAAAGUUUACAACAUAAGAACAUCAUUUCACAGUGCCUUCACUAGAUAAUGUGAUUCUUUACCACUCUGUAGAAAUGAUCACAUUAUGAAACAAAGGCACUGGACCCCUUUGCUGAAUGGGUUUCUUUACAGCCAAUUGGGAUUCCUGACUAAUGAUUAUGACUUCAAAGGAGACGGUGCUAUCCAGUUGUUUGCCCAGCGAGUGAGAGAAUGGGGGAGUAUGCAAGGAAUGAGCGAGUAGAAGAGAAGGAUCAUUAGGGGAAAGCGAGAGAAUUAAUCAGACAGUGGAGCAGAGCAGAGCAUAGCCAGCCCCUGCCUCCUGCCUGCUGCCUGUCAAUGCAGAGCAGACUCCUGCUCCUGAACGGUGCACAUUGAGGCAUAGCCUCAUCUUCCCAAUGUUUUAUCAAAACCUUUUUUAUUGUAAUAUAAUUGCUGAACCAAU